AUGAUCCAAAACACUACUGGAAACGAAACCAAACCCCCGGUCGCAGAGGUGCCGACCUUUCUCUUACACAGACCAACAUUCCCCACGGUGUUGGAAGAUAACAGAGCUCCGACGUCGCUGUCUACGUUCCUUAGGCCAGGAUUUACGCCGGGGCAGUUUCUUUCGUCUUCGAGGAGCCCUGCCCCAUCAGUUGUGACAGAGGACUUGACGAAAGAGAUUAUGCCUCACAAAAUCCGUGUAAAGGUGAUGCUAACUUGGGACGGACAAGGAGACGACUGGAACGACGAAAACGACUUCGGGCAAUUCCCUUGGAUUGACGAGGAAAACUACGGAGAGCUUCUACCAACAGAUAUGAUAGACAAACGCCGUGAAAAAAGCGAAGCCCUGAAGGGCAAAGAAGUGUUCUACCGUCACGGCUCGUGUCGAAUCAGUGCUUCGCCCGAGCUCACUAUUGAUUACCAUUGCAUUCUCGAAGAUGCCGAGGUUUUGACAUUGGCUGACAAGGCAAUUCCUCUUGUCUGCGGCUUUAUACACUAUCAUCCACGCCGAAAGUUCUCCUUGCAGAUCUACUGGGAAUUUGGAUAUGCCCGCUUGAGGCCAGAACCUGACGCAGGUGUUAAAGGCAACCGCACGUUUCGUGGGAUGAUCAAGACGGAGCUAGGCAAGAAGCAAAAGAGAAACUAUCGAGGCCAAGAGUACAUCUCUCGUCGGGAUCAGGCGGUCUUUCAACGGUACGAGGUGGUGCAUGAUCUUGUUUUCUUGGACAAAUCUCUCGACCUGGAUCCGGCUGGUCGAGAGAAAUUUGUCCGCGAAAUAAUCCAGCGGCCGGCAUUGAAACUGUUGCUCACUUGCGUCUUCGUGGGUCAUAACAUGGCCUAUCUGCAUCACCUUCUGGAUGUCCAUAAGUGUGAUGACGAUAAUUUACCGGGGCAACGGGACGAUGGCCCUAUUGAAUGUCGCCUAUUCUACUGUAAUGACCAGGUCAAUGAGAUUGUGCGCGACAAAGCCAGGUUUUAUGUGAGGAAAGUCGAGGAAUAUUUCCAAUACCACAGGCUCGAAGAGGGCGAGGUCAUGCCGUUGCGUCCUACUCUGCCAAAUUCUGGACUCAAGUCACUUGGGAACGGAUUUUCCGGCACAGUGUACGAGGUUUCGAUCGAUUCUGCGCACCACUAUCUGACCGGAGAUCCAUUGUGUUCUUUUGCCUUGAAAAAAUUCCCCGCUGAACGUACAGUGCAGUUUGGGCGAGAAAUAAUGAUGCUUAAAAUUCUCGCCGACCACCCGAAUCCUUAUAUUGUUCCUUACAUUACGAGCUGGACGCAGUCAGAAGACCACUAUAUUCUUUACGAAGCAGCCAGGUAUAAUCUGAAGACAUUUAUGCGAAAUGUGGAGCCCGUGGCAUUCACGAAACACGAAAUACUGUGGUUUCUGCGGCAGCUCCAAGGACUGGCUCUGGCCAUUCACGAUGUGCAUAAUGUGACGAACCCGACAAAGAGCGACCCGGACCCGAAGGUUCUUGCUUUCUCGGGAUGCCACCAUGACAUCAAACCUGAGAAUAUUCUGGUCUUCGAAAAAGUCCCAGGCUCCCACCCCAGAUUCAAAGUCGGCGAUUUUGGGUCGGGCAGCUUCAAUCCACCGGCGAACCCCGGAGAACAUUCUAGGGUGACGGAAGAGACGAAAGGUACACUGACUUAUUACGCACCUGACAAAGACCGCAAGGGGGUUGUGUCACGGCCCUUUGACAUGUGGGCUCUGGGCUGUGUAUACUUGGAGUUGAUGUGCUGGAUGUUCCGCUUCUUCGAAUCGAGCGAAAGCGGCGAAAGCGGCUUUUCCACGGCACGGUUCAAUUGCACGGCUGCCGAUGACAACAACAGGACCGAUACAUUUUGGGACAAAUACUGGACACCCCAAAGAGGGUUUGAAUACAAGUUGAAGUCGGUCGUCGUGGAAGUUAUGGCAGAGCUGAGAGACGUAUGGUGUGCUGGAAUGCCCGCAUUUCAAGACAUCCUUACAGCUAUCAGUAAGCUUCUGGAGAUCCAGGCUGAUGACAGAUGGGAGGCGGUCAAAUUGAAGAGCGCCAUGAUGCAGACUGUCCAACAAGCCGAAGAAUUGCUAACGGAUUAUCCUGACUUCUACUCCUCUCGGUAUGAGGCCAACUGUAAAGCUGAACGCCAGAGGAAGGCUCCAGCCACUUUGCAUCAUGAGGAAGAUUUCACUGGAUUGGGGUCGGUUUCUGCAGCAGCUCUAGCAGUGCCAGAUGGCGAUUCUACGCAGGAGGGUGAUGGAGCCCGAGCUAAACGGCGAUUGUCCCUGACUGAUAGUGGUGAUGAGGCUCGAGCUAAACGGCGACUAUCCCUGAGUGACAGUGCUUUUGAAGCGCCAGCGUUGUCAGUUGAAUAG